AUGGAGAGCCCCGAGUUUGCCGCUGGUAUGCGGGGCCAAGGUCUCAACGGCAGUGGUCCUUCUAAGCGUAAACGGAGCACCAUCGAUAGCAGUCCGGCCAGUCUUCUCGACCUCGAACAUGAUCACGAUCAUGACCACGACCUCGACCACGACGAGAGGGCCGACGCCUCGCCAGACACCAAGAGCCGACGCUUGCCCGGUGUGAAGCCCCCCGUUCCCCCGUUGCCCCGUUCCCCUCCGCCCGCUUCCGUGUCCGCACCGGAUCCGGGUCCGAACUUCGCCGGAUCAUGCUUCCGGUCUUCCCAACUCCGCCGUCGGUUGCUCUCUCUUUUGUGUGUGUUGUCAUACAAUACUGACGCAUUACUCCCGCUCCAGCUUCGCUGCGAUGUCGUCCAGGAUCCGUUUCAGAGCUGCUCGCGGUGCAACAGGCUCAAGCUCGAGUGUAAAAUCGAGUCCAAUUUCAAGCGUAUCGGCAAACGUUCCAAGCAUGCCGAGAUGGAAAAGGAAAUCGAGAGGCUGCGUCGUGCUGUCGAGUCGGCCAGGAAUCAGGGCUUUGCUCUUGACGAGGACGACGAGACCCUCAAUUCCGCCGUCCAUUCCGCCAUGCAGUCACAGCUCCAGUCGCCCGUUGUCGCGAGCCAGUACACGCAUACCCGCAAUCCCUCCUUGAUGGGAUCAGACGAGGCCGUCUCAUCGUUACUUCACCUCAAGCGCGGCGGAUCAUACGCGCUUCCUCGCAUCGCCCGCGAGCUGGGCAACUUCAGGCUCACCGAGGACGAGGAGACUCAACUGUUCAGUCAAUAUUUUAACUACUACCACCCAUUCCUCCCGUUCCUCAACGCCACCCAGACACCAGACCAGUACUAUCAACAACACCCUUUGCUAUAUUGGGCCAUUAUUGCCGUUGCCGGCCGACGCUUCGGGUCCGACUCCAACCUCCUCACCAAGCUCUCGGGCCCGCUGACAAGGUUGCUCUGGAACACCGUUGGGGACGUCCCCCAGAGCUAUUUCGUCGUCAAGGCCCUCUGCCUGCUCUGCACCUGGCCCCUCCCGACGAGCACGACGUCGGCCGACCCCACGCAUAUUCUCUGUGGUGUCAUGAUGAAGACGGCUACCGGCAUUGGCUUGCACCGGCCCAACCACAUCAACGACUUCUCGCGAGUUGCUGUGGAGUUGAACUCGGAAGGGCUUCAUGACCGCAUCAAGACGUGGGCGGUCUGCAACACCGUAGCCCAGACCAUCGGGACGGGAUACGGCCAGCCAGCGUCGAGCCUCUACGACUGGACACUGGCCGUUCGGCCGGGCGUCGAGGGGCCGUUCGCGCUCGGACCGGAGCUAGAGGCGAGGUUGCUGAUCGAGCGAUUCUGCGACAAAGUCUCAAAAGAAAUGUAUAGUAACGCCAGCGACCCCCGAGGCGUGGCCGGUGAUGAACACCGUGCUAUGUUGAUGAGGGUGUACCGUCGCGAGUUCAACGAACUGCAGGCUUCCAUCCUGGCACAAAACUUGUCGCCAAUCGUCUACCUUCACCUCAAGGCAGCCUGCCUCCAUCUCAGGCUUGCCGGCUUCUUUGACUCGAGCCGUACGCCCGGGUACCUUGACGACCUGAUGGCGCUGUGGCGUGCCAUCACCGGCUUCCUUGACUACAUUCUGGACGGCCCGGUGCCUGAUAACAGCCACGAAUCCUAUCGGUAUCAGCUCCGAGACCAAUAUCUUCUAAAAUACGCCACAAACUACAUACAGCAGAUGCUAGUCGCUGCGGGGUUUGCUCUGCUCAAGCUCAUGCGGUCAUUCUUUGUCAAACAGGUCGACUUCGAGCGCGGCCGGACGCUCUUCCACCGGACCAUUCAGGCCAUCAGGGCUGCCAGUGUGGUGCAAAACGACCUCAACUGGAGGCUCGCCGAGUUGAUGGUCCAGAUUUGGAACGGGGCCAGGAUCGAAGGAAGCUCGCCGUCGUUCCAAGGCGACGACCCGGAGAUUGACGACAGCCUCCAACUCAAGGUCAGGUGCCGACAUAGCAUGAGUCUCGUGUUCGACUCGAUCUGGCAUUGGCGGGAGGAAUACCAAGCUAGAGGUCGAGGCACGCUCGAUGCUCUCAAGCAACCCACGAAUCCCGAUUCGGCUAAUGAGUCUUCAGCCUCCUCCACUCAUCUGGACAGCACCCUCGCUCCGCCAUCCCACAGUCUCCCGGCCAACCUAGGCUUGGCGGCGUCCAACGGGGCUCUGACGCCCAGUGGGGGCUCGGCGAUGGGAGGAGGCACGCAAGGCUCAAUCUUGGGACUGAACAACUACGACAGCAACUACGACUUCUGGGACCCCCAGCACUGGAUGCUGGACGGCCUGAUGGACUUCAACUACAACACCUUUGUCCCGAUCGAGAGUGCUUAG